CGCCGCCGCCGCCGCCGCCGCUGCCGCUGCCGGGGGUGGCCCCUAGGGGGCGGCGGGGGCCGCGGAGACGCCGGCGCAACGUGGGCCGAUGGGGAGGACUCGCUAGGGAGGAGGAAGAAGAGGAGGAACAGCGACAGUGGGAGCGGGAGCCAGGCCCCGGCGCUGCCUCUGCCGCCGCCUCUUGGGCCGCCCUCGGCGGACGGAGCCGCCAUGAAGGCCAUCAUCCAGCGCGUCACGCGGGCCAGCGUCACAGUUGGCGAGGAGCAGAUAAGUUCCAUUGGACGGGGCAUUUGUGUGUUGCUGGGCAUUUCUAUGGAAGAUACACAGAAGGAGCUGGAACACAUGGUUCGAAAGAUUUUAAACCUGAGAGUGUUUGAAGACGAAAGUGGGAAACACUGGUCAAAAAGUGUGAUGGACAAACAGUAUGAAGUGUUGUGUGUGAGCCAGUUUACGCUUCAGUGUAUUCUGAAAGGGAACAAACCAGACUAUCAUAUGGCGAUGCCUACGGAGCAAGCAGAGAUUUUCUACAACAAUUUCCUUGAGCAGCUUAGAAAGGCUUAUAAACCAGAGUUCAUUAAAGAUGGCAAGUUUGGAGCCUACAUGCAAGUACAUAUUCAGAAUGAUGGGCCUGUGACUAUAGAACUGGAGUCCCCAGUGGCUGCUGCUGCAGAUCCCAAGCAGCUUUCAAAGCUUGAAAAACAGCAGCAGAGAAAAGAAAAAACCAGAGCAAAAGGACCUUCUGAGUCAAGUAAAGAAAGAAAUGUUUCUCGCAAGGAUGACCCCAGUGCUAGCAGUGGGGCAGAGGGUGAUGUAUCUUCUGAAAGAGAGCCAUGAUCAAGAAAAUACUGAUUUCAGUGCAUCAUGUUUGGGCAGAAGUGGAACCUGAAGAAUGCCCAGAAGACAUAAAGUACCUACACCUCAGAAAUGUGGAUUAAAAGAUUUGGAAAGGAAGUAAAAGGGAAAAAAAGCAAGACAGAAAUUAGAAAUCUAUGUCAUUCUGCAUUAAAAACCAACCAAAGGAAUGUUACUGUUUUCUGUUGUUGCUGUGGCCUAAUAGUGAAAGUGAGUCAUAUCAUUUCUCAUUGUAUUCUGCCUUUGGUUUAUCCUGGCUUCUGAACGAGAGGCAAGCGUUUCAAAUACAUAUGUAGCAACAGAGCAUAUAAUUAAAAUUACUUGGUUUCAGAUUUUUUUUGGCUUGCAUUUUGAAAGAGGCAGUCCUCUAUCAUUUAAAAGUGGAUACUCAUUGCAUCUUCUGUUGUGUUUAUGUUACUGUUGUGUACAUUCUGUUCAUGCUCUACACAACACUGGGGUAGUAUGUAACUUUUGUGUCAGUGUUAAGGUACAAAAAAGAACAAUUAUCAUUGACAAUUUACUGUGUGAGCCUUGUGUAUCUUUUAAACUUUCUCUUUUUUCUAAAAAAAAAAGUAAAAAAACAACAAACCACUUUGUUAUUAAAAAAAUUCUGCUAC